AUGUGUUUCGGCGCCAGGGAAGAUGUUGAGGCAAAGAGGAGCCGGGAGAUCGAUGCUAUGAUCCACCGGGACGAGAAGGUGAUGCAGCGCCAGGUGAAGCUGCUGCUGUUAGGUGCUGGAGAGAGCGGCAAAUCAACCAUCUUGAAGCAGAUGCGAUUGAUCUACACCCGGGACGGAUUCUCGAAGAACGAAAAGGAGGAAUGGCGUCUCAUCAUCUUCCAGAAUAUCAUCGAUGGUCUUCGGAGGAUCGUCGAUGCAAUGGAUGAGUUCAAUAUUCCUUUCGAGUUUGAAAAUACAACCGUCCACCUCCCAAUGAUCAUGGAAGACAGAGACCUCCAGCCAUUCGAACCCAUACCACCCCAAUACGCCCGCGCUUUUAAAGAUAUGUGGCGCGAUGGGGGAGUACAGAAGGCAGUCGCGCGGGGGAACGAGUUCGCGCUGAACGAUAACCUGUCCUACUUCUUCGUAGACCUCGACCGAUUGUUCAGCCGAGAUUUCCUCCCUACAGAUCAAGAUGUCUUACGAGCCCGUCUGCGAACGACCGGAAUCACCGAGUCCCAUUUUGAUCUUGGCUCGCUACAAUACCGGAUGUUCGAUGUGGGUGGGCAAAGAUCAGAGCGCAAGAAGUGGAUUCACUGCUUCGAGAAUGUGAACGCGCUAUUAUUCUUGGUGGCAAUCAGCGGGUAUGAUCAAUGUUUGGCAGAAGACAAAGAUGGAAACCAAAUGCAGGAAGCCCUCAUGCUCUGGGAAUCCAUCGCCAACUCACACUGGUUUAAGAACUCCGCCCUCAUCCUCUUCCUGAACAAGAUCGAUCUCUUCAAGCAAAAGGUUGGCCAUGCCCCGAUCACCAAAUUUGGCUUCACGGAUUUCAUGGGCGACACCACAAGCUGGCAACAAACGAGUACCUACUUCAUGAACAAAUUCGUUGCUCUGAAUCGCAAUCCUUCAAGGGAAGUCUACGGUCAUUUCACGAACGCUACAGAUACCUCACUCCUUAAAGUCACCAUGGUCUCCAUUCAAGACAUGCUCAUUCAGCGAAAUCUUCAGCGGCUGAUACUCUAA